GUUGUAAUACCUGCUAGCUUUCCUUAGAGGAGGUAAUUUCUCAAAAUGCUGGGACCAGAGACUUUCAGCUGGGGACGAUAUUAGGGGCAAAGGCUUGGGGGCUGGAGUAAACUAGACAAGUUUUCCUGCCCAGCCUCGGCUGCCACCUGCAGGUCACUUAGGCUGAGGCCAUGUGGCUGCUUCUGCUGCUGCUGGGAGCCUUGCUCUGGGCAGCGCUGUGGUUGCUCAGGGACCAGCAGAGCCUGCCCCCGAGUGAGGCCUUCGUCUUCAUCACCGGCUGUGACUCAGGCUUCGGGCGGCUUCUGGCACUGAGACUGGACCAGAGAGGUUUCCAAGUCCUGGCCAGCUGCCUGACCCCCUCAGGGGCAGAGGACCUACAGCGGGUGGCCUCCUCCCGCCUCCAUACCACCCUGCUGGAUGUCACUGAUCCCCAGAGUAUCCAGCGGGCAGCCAAGUGGGUGAAAGCACGUGUUGGGGAAACAGGGCUUUUUGGUCUGGUGAAUAAUGCUGGUGUGGCUGGCAUCAUUGGGCCCACACCAUGGCUGACCCGGGAUGACUUCCAUCGAGUGCUGAAUGUGAACACACUGGGUCCCAUCGGGGUCACCCUUGCUUUGCUACCCCUACUGCAGCAGGCCCGGGGCCGGGUGAUCAACAUCACCAGCGUGCUGGGUCGCCUGGCAGCCAACGGUGGGGGCUACUGUGUCUCCAAAUUUGGCCUGGAGGCCUUCUCAGACAGCCUGAGGCGGGACGUGGCUCCUUUUGGGAUACGAGUCUCCAUCGUGGAGCCUGGCUUCUUCCAAACCCCUGUGACAAACCUGAAGAGUUUAGAGGACGCCCUGCAGGCCUGCUGGGCACGGCUGCCUCCAGCCACUCAGGCCCACUAUGGAGAGGACUUCCUCACCAAGUACCUGAAAGUGCAGCAGCGUGUCAUGAACCUGAUCUGUGACCCGGACCUAACCAAGGUGAGCAGGUGCCUGGAGCAUGCCCUGACUGCUCGUCACCCCAGAACCCGCUACAGCCCAGGCUGGGAUGCCAAGCUGCUCUGGCUGCCAGCCUCCUACCUGCCAGCCAGCUUGGUGGAUGCUGUGCUCACCUGGGUCCUCCCCAAGCCUGCUCAGGCAGUCUAUUGAACCCAACCUUCCAGCAAGAGAUUGUUCAAGUGCAAGAACUUUAUGUGUCCCCACCCUGGUACUGCCUGGUACCUGGCAUAAAAUAGACAAUCAAUAAAUGUGUACUGUUUAAAAAAAAAAAAAAAACAGGUGGGCAAAGAUGAAGGUGCUCA